AUGGACCCUUUUUCCCUACACUCUCCCGGGUUUGUUAACAUGUUAGCUUCACAGAGCAGUCCACCACUAGACGUAGACUCUGCUGAGGCACCUGUUAUCUCUUCCGGGUUAGUUAAACCAGUGGAAAGGAGAAAGUGGUCAACCAAAGAAGACAUUGUGUUAAUCAGUGCUUGGCUGAACACCAGCAAGGAUCCCAUUGUCAGUAAUGAACAGAAGUUAGGACCUUUUGGAAGAGGAUAUGGGAGUAUUUCAAUUCGAGUCAUCACCUCGUUGGCUCCCUUCCAAGACACUAGAGUCAAUGAGCAAUCGAGUGGCCAAACAGAGAAUGAUGUCAUGAAGGCUGCGCAUGACAUCUUCUUCAAUGACUAUAAUGUCAAGUUCACUCUUGAACAUUGCUGGAGGGAACUUCGGUUCGAUCAGAAAUGGAGAUCACACUCUCAGCCGAAGGAGAAAAGUAAGGAAGGUGGUCCGCAAGUGGUGGCUGACGAGGAAGAGGUUAGGCCUCCGGGUGUUAAAGCUAGCAAAGCUGCCAAACGCAAGAAGCCAAACGAAGCAGCUUUUGAUCGAAUACAAACCAUCAUAGCUCAGAAAAACACCAUAUCCAAACAAAAGAUCCUAGAUCGCCUCUUAGCCAAAAACAUAGACACACUUUCUGAUCAUGAAGUGGCUCUUAAGAAUAAGCUAAUCUCUGAAAUGCUUUGA